AUGAGUGACUACUACUCCAGCCCUCCGGCUGGGUACACGCUUCGGAGGAACGGCACCUGUGCGGCAAAUGAGAAGAAAUGCGCCAACCCGUGGGGUCCCUGGCAUGACUGUUGUCCUGAGGACACUUAUUGCCCAUCUGAGAGGAGCGAUAAUGAUAGAAACGUCUGUUGUCGGACUAAGUCAGGGUGCAAGGCAUUAAUCGAACAAGAUCCGCACUGCGCCAACAAUCAGACCUGGGAUCUGUAUAACAAUGAUGGCGAUUACUUUUGCUGUCUACAGGGGAAGCGGGGCUUUGUGCAAACAUUUUCCCAAGGUGGAGCAGGUAUCGCCUGCGCAGACCCGGACAGUGGGGACCUGGAUAAUCCCUCUCAGAGCUUACUCAAUCUCGUUGCCAGUGGCACUCCAUCCGCAUCACCAUCACCAACACCAUCCACAUCUGCCACACCAACCGAAACAAACAUAGAGACCCCUUCCCCCACAGAAGCCAAGUCUGACCCAGGAUCUAACCAUGCCGGUGCCAUUGCCGGCGGCGUUGUUGGUGGCUGCGCUGGCGUUGCACUUAUAGUUGCACUGGUUUGGCUCCUGCUGCGUCGACGACGACGACGACAGGAACUGGUCACCCCUGUGAUAAGCCCCAAUGCUGGCACACCGGCUGUAGAGGUGAAAGGUACAUCGGUAGUGGAGCUUGAUCAUAACCCUGUUAUCUCAGAACUAUCCGGCGGUCCCACUACAAUGGCCCACGAGCUGCCGGUGGAUACGCGUUCAUAA